AUGAUUAAGUGUGGAAAUAACAUGGGCACGAACUUGAGAAGCAUGGAUCUAGAUAACUGUGACAAUCACCUGGUGUCGGAUUUGCAUCGCUGGGCCUUCAACUCGUCCUCGGAGUUCUCGAGCAGCCACAGCCCGGGCUACGCAAAGCUGAACAGAAGAGAUGGUGCUGGUGGAUGGUCGCCUUUGGAGUCUAACAAGCACCAGUGGCUGCAGAUAGAUCUGGGGGAGAGAACGGAGAUGACUGCUAUUGCCACCCAAGGCCGCUAUGGAAGCUCGGACUGGGUGACGCGCUACCUGCUGAUGUUCAGUGAUACGGGCAGGAACUGGAAGCAGUAUCGUCAAGAAGACAGCAUUUGGGUAGGAAGCUUGAUUAAAUAACGUAACUUGUUUAAUAAAUACCGAUCGAUUGAAAAGCGAUAUUGAAAAUAUCGAUCAUUGAAAAGCAAAUCGAA